UAGUUCCUCAAUAGAGCAAGACAGCAAGAAAUUUUUGAACUUGGAAGUUGAAUGCUGGCAUUGGCUUUUGCAGAUCUUCAGUGUCACACACACACAUGAUCCGCCAUUGGCAUCAUUUGCGAUUUGGCAUUGGCAGCACUGUACAGAGAUCAUUGAGCUGCUUUUCUUGCAGCGAAUUUAGCACUUGAGCGGACGGAGGUGGGUCUGACAGAGUCUUUCCUGCGCUGGGUUAGUCUGCAGUAAGCAUGGCAUCGGCAUUGGGAAGCUUGCCGCUGAGAAUGGUUCUUCCAGCUCAAACAAGCUGCGAGCAUUUGGGAAAGGUGGACAGGGGUCAGGCAGCAGGGCUGGGCUUCGGAAGCAGAGGGAGAGCAUCUUCAGCAGUGCCCGGUAGACGAAGAAAAGUGGUCAAUGCUGCUGUCAACGAGGGGGGGGGGGGAGGGAACUCGGACGAUGUGGUGCGGGCUAUCCAGAAGGCUCUCACUCACGAGAUAGGAAAAGUCCGGAGCGCGAUUAAGGAGGAGACGGCGCGACUGGAGGCCCGGGCAGAGGGGUUGGAGGGGGAGGUUCGAAAGAUUGGGAAGAACAUGGACGACAACUUCAGGGUCGUCAAGAACAUCGUCAUUAGUUUGGAAGAUCACGCGGGGAGGACGGCGGAGUCUCGGCUGCGGGAGCGAGCCACAGAUGAGCUCUGGCGCAGUGACAGUGCAAAGGGGCGGCAGAAGACGUUCAAGACGCUCGAUGAGCUGAUAGAGCAGUUCAUUGCGACACCCAAGGUCGCUGAGAAGAAAGCUCUCCUCGGACCGAUCCGGACAAGCGUUAUCCAGAGCAUGGAGGCCGAGGGCGCUAUUGAAGCGACAGUCAUUGACCUGCUUCAAGAGGUCAAAGAGCGCUACUCGAAAGAGGUUGUGCCGUCGGCUCACCUGGCAAACAAAGAAAUGGAACUUGGCCACCUCUGCGAGUUAGUGGGAAAAACGAUAGGCGAGCUCUACACGAGCCAAAUAGAGUGUCCCCGGUGGAUAACCAACCUCCUUGAGAGCUUUACCACGCUAGGGCGGAACCUGAACAACAGCAAAGACGCGGCGCUGCUCGACUGGGAGAAGGGCCCGGGGUUGGCAAUUCUCAUUCAUUCAGUAGUGUCGAGCGGUUUGCCCGGGGUGAAAGAGCUGACGACGCUCGCCGGUAAAGAAGGGGAGCGUGGUGGAGAUAACGAGAAAGGGGCCGGCAGCGGACGUCUCGAGUGGAGGAGACAGAUCGAGAUCGACAUGGUCGGAUGCGUGGAGGAGCGAGGAGGCGGUCUGGGGAGAUGGAGGCAGGAGAAGCGAAAAGGAGUGAGCUUCAGCUGGCGAAAGGAAAGCUUCAACUCGUUCUGUACACGAAAGGCGUCUCCAAGCUGCUCAAGUGGGCGACAGGGCGGACUCUUGCAAAGACUGUCGGGUACAUUUACAUUGAAGCGUAUGGUACCGACAGGGAGGAGGAGGUCGACGGCGUUCACUUCAAGAUUCGCUUCAGGGUCUAGGUUAUAGUGUAUCGCGUCAUGUACAUGGUGUAUACCUACAUGGUAGUCCAUGCAUAUUAGAAGGUACAAGCUGUACAGUCGAUCUUUAUCCAAGGAGAUCAAGUACUACCUGGCAAGGUCUGAAAUUUGAGCUCACGGCACUCCCCUCCAAUGUGUUCGAAAACAUUGAGACUUUACAGGCGAUUGUUUUGCGCGCAAGGUUCAAGCAAGCAUGACCGCAC